GUCGAGGUGGGGUGGUCGAUAACGAUGACAUUUGGCAAGAUGUAUGCCAGUACCCUUGCACAUAUGGUUCGGUUGAAUAUUACUAACAAACGUUGUACAGGUUGAAAUUGGUCGCCACGCCCCAUCUAUUUUUCGUGAUGACAACUCCUUCUCAUCUCAGAUGCCAUGGAAUAUCACAGCCUCUGUCCAGAGCUCCCAGCAUGGAUCGUCUGCUGCUAGUGGCCUCCGUGGAGUAGCAAAUGUGAGCGACCCUUCGGCUUCACGAGGCAGGGACCUCACUGCAUCCCACCCUGCUGGACGCGGACGAUCACGCAACCGUCUAACUAGCGCAAGUCCCCUAGCCAGUAGAGGUUUCCCCUUCGACGCAGAGGCCUUCGACAACUUGACGCUACCCGGAAAUGAUGACGUGGACGUCUUGAGUGACUUUGACCUGAGCCAGUUUCUACAGACUGAUCUAUUCGGUGCUGCCCAUGGCCAUACUGGAGACGACGCCAACGCAAGCACGUACAGUCGUCAGGUGACUCUUCAAGGUCGCCUAUCGAAGUCCAGCCUGGACCAAGAAAGCCUGAACUUCCUUGGGUUUCUAACAAAAAAGCUCGAGGCGAUGCCCGUGGAACAAACUGGGGAAAUGGAUGAAGACGGUUUCAUCAACUCACCGUCCGCUUACCAUGGUAGCAAAGCAAUCGGCUUUUCAGCACUUCUGCCACCGGCUGAAACCUCUCCUUCUGUAGCCACAGAGGGUUUGAUGCAUAUACUCACACUUGCAACUAAAGGUUUCUUAUCGGUCCGCCAGGAGAAUUAUCAAGACCGGAGAACUCGAUAUCAUAUCCGGUAUGAGUUUGGAGAGAUCGUUUUACAGAUAUCAGAGGUGUAGUCCUACGAUCAGUAUCGCGUUCCGCCUUGACUUGCUUCUCUAGGAUUUCUGCAAUUGAAUUACGGAAACAGUCAUGGAUGCCUAUCUGCACUUUCCUUAUUGCUUAUCUCCUAGCUGGUAACCAGUAAUUCGGCUUCUAUUCAACGUUCGGGUUUCUGAAAUGGAUGUCACAAUACCAGCAUCUCAUGACAUGACUUCCUCGCGCUA